GAGGCUUUCUGGGAGAACUUGUGGGGAGUGCUUUUUGCUUUUUGUGACCCUAAUCUGAAGUUACUUAUCGGAACCAGUCUCUGAUUCCAGUCCCCACAGGCUACAUUUCCCCUCCCAGUUUACAGGAAACCCCACCCAAGGCCUUUAUAUUGUGGUUUGGGAUUGUGUAAGGUUCAGGAGAGCCCUUGGAGGAGAAAAAGACUUCCCCUUCCUCACCAGCAUUUCACCUUUGGGGGCAUGGCACUAACUCCCUGUGCCUCCUCCCUUCUUCACCCAAAGCGCUAUGUGACUGUUGAUCUUUCACCCUUGGGUGAGACAGAGAAGGUAUCCCUAAAAAUACAAGCAGCCUGUGUAUGCUUAGGAUGUUGUGUGAGGGGGCAGGGUGCGGGGUAGGGCAGAGGAAUAUCCCUGUCCUGGCUAUGAGGGGGUUACGAUGUGACGCCUAUUAGGGUAAGCUAAAGAUCGUCAUAUUAAUAACCGUUAGUUAAUGUAGAUUAACAUUUCUUUCUUCAUCUCUUUUCCUUCUUUCUCCUGCGUCCUCUCCCUUUCUCACUGUCUUCAUUCCCUGUCAUGAUCUGUUUCAGGGAAGCUCACUCCACCCAUGUCUUCAGCCCCACCAGUCUUCCCUCCCGAGCCUGGAAGCCCUGUACCCUCCUGGUCUCAUCUGGUCACAGCAAGUUAGAGGUGGAAAGAACUCAGCACGGGGCCCUUCUGUUUACCCAUAUACUGUCCAUAGCCAGCAGUGAUGCCCAAACACUAGCCAGCCUUCCACGCUACAUUCCUUUUCCAAGACUUUUCUGGGUUAGUUUGCUUUCCAGCCCAAUGAUUUUCUUAUUGGACGGGCCCCUCUUUCGCAUCCCAAGCCUGGCUUAGGCAAGUCCCUGAAGUCAGUAAACACCUUCAUUGCCCCUCAGCUGACUCCCUUUUGACCAUGGAACACCAUCAGCCUGAGCAUCCAGCCCCUGGUAAGGCCGGGACUGCAGAAGCAGUCAUCCCUGAAAACCACGAGGUCCCGGGAGGCCUGGAUGAUCACCCUCAGGACACGGAUACGAGAGAUGCUGAUGGGGAGGCUGGAGAACAGGAGCCAGCAGACCAAGCUUCGCUGCCUGGCCAGUGUGGGGACAACUUUGAGUCCCCUACACCUGAAGCUAGCUCAAGUCCCCCAGAGCCAACCCUUGGGACAGUGCCUGAAGUAGAGCCAACGAGGGCAUGCUCCAUGCCCCAGGAGCUUCCUCAGUCCCCCAGGACCCGGCAGCCUGAGCCAGAUUUCUACUGUGUCAAGUGGAUCCCUUGGAAAGGAGAACGGACACCCAUCAUCACCCAGAGCACCAACGGCCCUUGCCCUCUCCUUGCCAUCAUGAACAUCCUCUUUCUUCAGUGGAAGGUGAAGCUCCCCCCGCAGAAGGAGGUGAUCACAUCGGAUGAGCUCAUGGCCCAUCUUGGAAACUGCCUCCUGUCCAUCAAGCCCCAGGAGAAGUCAGAGGGACUUCAGCUUAAUUUUCAGCAGAAUGUGGAUGAUGCAAUGACAGUGCUGCCUAAACUGGCCACAGGUCUGGAUGUCAAUGUGAGGUUCACAGGCGUCUCCGAUUUUGAGUAUACACCCGAGUGCAGUGUCUUUGACCUCCUAGGCAUACCUCUGUACCAUGGCUGGCUUGUUGAUCCUCAGAGUCCUGAGGCUGUGCGUGCGGUUGGGAAGCUGAGUUACAACCAGCUGGUGGAGAAGAUCAUCACCUGCAAACACUCCAGUGACACCAACCUCGUGACAGAAGGCCUGAUUGCGGAGCAGUUCCUGGAGACCACGGCAGCCCAGCUGACCUACCACGGGCUGUGUGAGCUGACCGCAGCUGCUAAGGAGGGAGAACUUAGCGUCUUUUUCCGAAACAACCACUUUAGCACCAUGACUAAGCACAAGAGUCACUUGUACCUACUGGUCACUGACCAGGGCUUUCUACAGGAGGAGCAAGUCGUAUGGGAGAGCCUGCACAAUGUGGAUGGAGACAGCUGCUUCUGUGACUCCGACUUUCACCUGAGUCAUUCCCUGGGCAAGGGGCCUGGAGCAGAAGGUGGGAGUGGCUCCCCAGAAAAGCAGCUGCAGGUAGACCAGGACUACCUGAUUGCUCUGUCCCUGCAGCAGCAGCAGCCACAAGGCGCGCUGGGGCUGACCGACCUGGAGCUGGCCCAGCAGCUUCAGCAGGAGGAAUAUCAGCAGCAGCAGACAGCACAGCCAGUGUGGACGCGGGCGCGGACCCUGUCACCGCAGGGGAGAGGAGCCACAUCUGGACGCCCAGCUGGGGAGCGUCGGCAGAGGCCGAAGCACGAGUCAGACUGCAUUCUGCUUUAGGUCCGCCCCAGUGCCAGGCUGGCCUGCCCCUUCUUCCAGAGGCUAUGGCUAGUUGGCUUGUUCCCCCGCCUCUACCCUUGAGAUGUGCAGGAUAACUUAUUUAUGGACUGUUGGGGAUCAGAGCAGGCGACAAAUGCAAAGGUCAGACUUGGUAAUGUUCUUGACCUCAUGCUGCUGCCUUCUCUGCAUCCCACCCGGGGUAACACUGGGACUGAUGGGCUUCUGGUUCUCAAUGUCCAGUCCCUGAAUAGUCACACAUAUAUACAGACUGAGGCUCUGGGGAGGUCUCUAUCUGGAAUGCAUCUCUCCUGCGUCCCAUCCCUGCUGCCUGGAUGCUCCUGGCCACCCAGCCAGGCCUGUCUCCAGUUGUUUCAAGACUUAAUUUGGGUUUCUAUCUCUGUUAUUUGUAAUGCCUUCCUGGGGUUUGGAAAUAAAAUUUCUGGCCAGGUGCGGUG